UUAUAAGAAACAUGUGUAAUCAGUUAUGAAGACAGUGCAUGGCUUAGAUUUCACCUCUACCCUUAGAUCGAACUCGCAAACAUGUCAAAAGGUGUUUUAACUUCGUGACACGAUAUGCUGUCUAUCUGGCGCGUACAAAGCAAUCAAAAACGAUGCGAAUCACCGUCUUGAGCUAAAUGAAGUACACAUGUGGCCGUGGAAAGCAAACCCGCUUAUUGUCUCAAAUAUUAUGCAGACUUAAAGCACUCUUAAAAUCGAUUUGGUGUUCUAAAUCUCUUAACCUUGCUGUUAAACCUCUUCAAAACCACAGAAAUCCUUCCGUGGAGACAUUGCGAAUCGGCGAUUAGCAACGAGCAAGUAACCAGAACUUCUUAGAGCCUGCGGGAAGGUUUGCCCAGCGCAGAGCGAAAGGACCGAGAUUUCGCCUCGGAAAACACGAAUACAGCGAUGUGGUGCCAAAGGCUGGUGCUUACUCUUUGGUUGAUGAUCGCAUGCUUCGUCGGUGGAUUGCAGGAUUUCGGAUUUGUAAGCAGUCUACAGCCGCACGGGAGACCCUUCAAACUCAAUAGCUUGAAAGACAGUUUACCAAAUAUUCAGCCACGAGCGCGACGGGAGUCAAGUCGUCGACGGGUGAGGAGAAAGCACACAUACAAUUUGAAACGGACGCCUAUUCGAGAUGCGAAGAACAGAAAUGCUUUAUGCUUAGAUGGUUCUGAAGCAGUCUUUUACCUGAGUCGUAAUUCAGAUUCAAAGUACUGGGUUGUACAGUUGCAAGAAGGAGGCUCUUGUGGGACAUACGAAUCGUGUUUGCAUAGAUCCAGAGGCCCUCUGGGCUCAUCAAGAAACUACAGUGAUUAUUUGACAGGGACUUUUGUUGCUUCUGAUGACCCACAGGAAAAUCCUAUGUUUUCAUCGUGGAAUAAAGUAUUUGUGCCAUAUUGCAGUGGUGAUGUAUUUGUUGGUAGAAGAGGAAAAGACCAGAAUGAUUAUGACAUGGAUAUGUGUGGACAUUUCAUAGUUAAAGCCAUAUUUUUUCAGCUAAUUGAAGAUUACCGGAUUAACAAACCAGGAACAGAGAUUUUGUUUGGUGGUGCUUCUUCUGGUGGGCUUGGAAUGUUUGCAAAUAUUGACUAUAUUGAGGGGCUUGUAAAACCUGCUGAGAUUAGAGGAUAUAAUGAUGGUGGCUGGUUUACUCUGUAUCCUAACUUUGGUGAAACAGCAAAUGCAGGGCCACCUUUUUUCUUUCAAGUCUUAAGCUAUAUGUUUCACAAUUUGUGGGAUGGCUUUGUCGACGAGACUUGUAGAGCUAAUAUGCCCAAGGCAGAAGCUUGUCUCUAUGGAGAAUUAGUUUUCAAGCAUUUAUCAGCCCCUGUGUACGUGUUUGUGGCUCAGUGGGACUCCUACCAAUUGCAAGAACUUGUUCAUUCCAAGUUUCCUACUAUGAGACUUCCACCGGAGCUACCAAGCGAAGCAGAAUACCUUGGAAAGUUCGGGAAAAACACGCACAGAUCUCUUAGACGGGUUAUUAACAGCCAGAAGGAUGGCGUUUUUUCCCCAGCUUGUUUUAUGCAUUCGUUUUCUGGCGAUAAUUUAACUAGUACAAAGCAAACAUUGGCUUGUGAAAUAGAUGGGAAGACACCAUAUAAAGCCUUUUCUGAAUGGUUUAUUAGCAAUGGUACCCGAGGGACAUAUGUGGAGGAACCGUUGGACAUACCAGAAUGUAACCCGUCUUGCUGCUCAAAGCUCUGUAUAAAGUGUCGUAAACCGAGACCGUCUGUCGUAUACGAUGAACCCACUCCCCAAACAAUCAGUGGAAAUGGUGGGUCUCGGUUGCAGCAAUCAGUUGUUACAAUAUGGAUUUGUGCAGUUUUGAUUUAUUCUUUCGUCUUUUGGAGGGACGUAGUGCUUUUGUAGGACCCAUGGAAAUUACAAAUAACUUUGGAUGCUACUACAGCGCUAUGACAGGUGAUGGUGGGCUGGGCGUUCCAGUGACAAGGUGAACGCUCACGGCAUAGUUGUCAUGAGAACUAUUGCUACUCUUCUUGGGAUAAAACUGAUGUCCAAUUUUAGUCUGUUUUCACUGUGAAAGUGAGAGAAUUGCAGACAGUGGUUAUCCUGGAAAACAAAACUGCCCGCAUAAAAUUUACCAGUGAAAUCUUGACGUGAACGCUCUUUAACACGAUGCGAUCAAUUUGCAAAAUUUUCCUGACUUAAAAAUCGUAAAGUAAUUGCUGCGUAUGCUGCAGAAAUCUCUUUUGCGAACCGAAAUUUAAUAUUUCUGCUUAUAAAAGUAAUUCAAACUGUAAUGUUCUCUAUUAUU